AUGCAGCCCCCCACGGGCCCCGCGCUGGCCUCUGCCCCCGAGAGCGCGCCGGGGGCGGCCCCGGGCUCGUCGCUGCUCCGCUGGCAGUGGCGGGAGGUGCAGGCGCCCUGCCUGGUGGCGGGCUGGAUCCUGGUGGCCAGUCUGGCCAAGAUCGUGUUCCAGCUGUCCAAGAAGGUGACGUCCGUGGUCCCAGAGAGUUGCCUCCUCAUCCUGCUGGGGCUUGGCCUUGGAGGCAUUGUUCUGGCCAUCGCUAAGAGAGCCGAGUACCAGCUGGAGCCAAGCAUGUUCUUCCUCUUCCUCCUGCCCCCCAUCGUCCUGGACUCGGGCUAUUUCAUGCCUAGCCGGUUGUUCUUUGACAAUCUUGGGGCAAUCCUGACCUACGCGGUCAUUGGCACGCUGUGGAAUUCCUUCGCUACCGGAGCCGCCCUCUGGGGCGUGAAGCAAGCGGGGCUGAUGGACAAGGGCGUGGAAGCUGGCCUGAUGGACUUCUUGCUCUUCGGCAGCCUCAUCUCAGCUGUGGACCCUGUGGCGGUGCUGGCAGUCUUCGAGGAAGUCCACAUCAAUGAGACCCUCUUCAUCAUCGUGUUCGGGGAGUCCCUGCUGAACGACGCUGUCACCGUGGUGCUGUACAAAGUCUUUAACUCCUUUGUGGAGAUGGGCCCUGUGCAUGUCCAGGCCACAGACUACCUGAAGGGUGUCGCUUCCUUCUUCGUGGUGAGCCUCGGGGGGGCGGCCGUGGGGCUGCUCUUCGCCUUCCUGCUGGCGCUGAUCACCAGGUUCACCAAGCGCGUGCGCAUCAUCGAGCCGCUCUUCGUCUUCCUGCUGGCGUACAUGGCGUACCUUGCCGCCGAGAUGGUCUCACUCUCCUCCAUCCUCGCGGUCACCUUCUGUGGGAUCUGCUGUAAGAAAUAUGUGGAAGCCAACAUCUCACGGAAAUCCCGCACCACUGUCAAGUACACCAUGAAAACGCUGGCUAGCAGCUCCGAGACCGUCAUCUUCAUGUUCCUGGGUAUCUCCGCCGUGGACACCUCCAAGUGGGCGUGGGACACGGCACUGGUGCUGGGCACCCUGCUCUUCAUCCUGCUUUUCCGGGCCGUGGGUGUCAUCCUCCAGACCUGGGUGCUCAACCACUUCCGCCUCAUGCCACUGGAUCGCAUCGACCAGGUGGUGAUGUCAUACGGGGGCCUGCGGGGGGCCGUCGCCUUUGCCCUGGUCAUCCUGCUGGAUGGAGCCAAGGUGCGAGCCAAGGACUACUUCGUGGCAACAACCAUCGUGGUGGUCUUCUUCACCGUCCUCGUGCAGGGUCUGACCAUCAAGCCCCUGGUGAAGUGGCUGAAGGUGAAGCGGAGCGACCAUCACAAGCCAACGCUGAACGAGGAGCUGCACGAGCACGCCUUUGACCACAUUCUGGCAGCGGUGGAGGAUGUGGUCGGUCACCACGGUUACCGGUACUGGCGAGACAAAUGGGAGCAGUUUGACAAGAGAUAUCUGAGCCAGCUCCUGAUGCGGAAAUCGGCCUAUCGGCUGAAAGACGAAAUCUGGGACGUUUACUGCAAGCUGAAUAUCCGCGAUGCCAUCAGCUUUGUAGAUCAGGGUGGUCACGUGCUCUCCGCCUCGAGGCUCACGCUGCCCUCUAUGCCCAGCAGGAGCUCCAUGUCGGAGUCGUCGGUCACAAACCUCCUGAGGGAAAGCGGCAGCGGCGCAUGUCUGGAUCUGCAGGUCAUCGACACCGUGAGGAGCAGGAGGGAUAAGGAAGAUGCCGUGAUGCACCAUGUGUUAUGCGGGAGCCUCUACAAACCACGCAGGAGGUACAAGGCCAGCUACAGCCGCCACUUCAUCUCCCCGAGUGCACAAGAGCGGCAGGACAAGGAGAUAUUCCAGCAGAACAUGAAGAGACGGCUGGAAACCUUCAAGUCCACAAAGCACAACGUCUGCUCCGCCAAGAGCAAGGCCAGGCUGAAGAAAGAUGGCAGGAAAAAGCAGAAGAAGAGUGCCGCGAAUGCCGAGCUGCCCAACGGAAAGCCACCCAGAAGCGUUACCUGGCAGCAAACAGCUGCCGUUCUAGUGGCGGUCGACUCCGACGAUGAGGAGAGUGACAGCUCCGAGACAGAGAAGGAGGAUGAUGAGGGGAUCAUCUUCAUCGCUCGAGCAACGGACGAGAUCCUGCAGGGCAAGAAGGCGUCCGGCAGCCUGGACGUCUGCCCGAGCCCACGUAUCAUCCCCCCUUCACCCACCUCGGCGGAGAAGGAGCUGCCCUGGAAGGGUGACCGGGGUGACCUCGCUGUUUACAUCUCCUCAGAAACCACCAAAAUUGUGCCAGUCGACAUGCAGACCGCGUGGAAGCAAAGCAUCUCCUCGCUGGAGAGCGUCGCCUCCCCGCCCGGGGCCGAGCCAGACCCACAUGCCAAGAUGUUGGCUGGCCCGGCGCCGGAGGAGAGACACAUGAUGCCAGAGCAGCCCACCUGCUUUCAGUUCCCCAAUCCCCUCCUGAGAAGCAGCAGGCCUCAGAGCGCUGGCAGCCCGGAAAGGACGGAGCAGCCGGAGCUGCAGCCUUUGAUGGCUCCGGACGAGCACGGCAGGAUGAGUACGUCUGCCGGGCCUAGCAACAGCAGGUGGCUAAUUCAGUUCAAUAGACACGCCAGAUUUUUGGAUGGAUAGUGCGCUCAGCCGUCGCUGCAGAGCGACCGCUCGGCUGGAGCUAGGCACCUGGCUUCGAACCUCGCGGGGGCUGUCUUGGUAAAUCAAAGGGCUCGCAAGUGCGGUCGGAGAGCGUGGGACAGGGAGGCCUUUCAGAGCUUGAGUUCGCACUGAGCCAGCAGCGGGCGUCGGCCGGUGGAGGUAGCCGUUCAAAACUCCAAGCAGGUGGGCUGGCUGCCUGCUGUAAUAGUGUCAGUGCCCUUCGCAGCUCCUCUGCGCAGUGGGAAUAACCAGAUCCUAAACCCAGCCCUUCCAAACCCUAAAGCACGAGGGGCACUUUCCUCCCCGCCUGGCUGGUUGGUGUCUUGGUCCAUGGCCUGGUUGCCCCAUGACAGCCGAUUUUUCACCCCCUCUCUGCAUCAUAAGACCUCCCAGGCAGGGGGUAGGUGCUGCUCUGCAGUCCCUGCUGCCCAUUCUCCAGCCGGCAACAGGAGCGAGGAAGGGUUCCAGAACAACGGCACCUAGGCAGGAGCCCCCAGCCUCAGCAUUUCUUGGAGUGGCCGGCCCGUGUCGGGUGAGUGACAUAAUACGAGAGGCUGUGGUGUGCCCUGCCUGUGUGGCGCCACAAAGACACAGCAGCCUAGCACUGGGAGGUUGUUGCAACGGCAGGGACCAGCCUGGCUCCUAGCUGGGUAAGGAGCUGAAAAUAAAAUGCAGGUGAGCGUCCCUUAAUCGGCAGUAAAGGCAAACGCCAGCUGGGAGGCGAGAGCUCAGGACACUUCCAUCGCCUCUUCCCAGCGAUUGCUGGAGCUCUGCGUGUUUAGAUCACCCGUGUAAAUGUCCCUCACCGGGGUGUCUGGGCACGGACAUGUACUAACCGAAGAGACUCCCAGCACCGUGGGCUCCACUUGCCUGCUCAGCGCUUAGUACUUGGAGCCGGGACAUCUGUGAGCAGCUUCUGUCAGGGCCUGUCUACACACAGAGUUAAUCUGGAAUAACUAGUGGGCUUUCAACUCAUCCCUACCUUAAUGCAAAUUAACGGUCAAGAGUAGACGAGCCUGACGGGACGGGGUUGAUGGGGAAGGGACUUUUCAGUAGGCGCUGCAGGUGGCUGCAUGUUCCCAUCUCCACCGCACUGACGCUGUCCUGUCUCCAGCGCCCUGGAGCCUUGCUCUGGGCUCUACCAGUCCCUGGGGCCCUGCCCAGUGUAAGGGCCUGGAGGCGGGCCGAGCAGGGAGGGCCCAGGCAGUUGGGAAUGGCUGGCCUCUGAGUCAGGGUCAGGUUUCUCUAUCCCUGAGAUACCGUCGCAGUCAAACCAAAUCAGUCUUCACUGGAGAUGUGUUGAGACCUUGCCCUGGGUGGGGUCAAAUGGGUGGCGGUACAUGCUGCAGCUCUGCCCGCAUGAGACGGCACACAUGCACUCCUGCCAGAUGGGGUAUCGCUUGGGUGCGCUCUGCCAGCCCCUGGCUCCCUCUCGCUGGGCUAGGAUGCCCUGCUGGCCCCUCUGAGACAACUUGCGCUUUGCUUAUUUUCCUCCUCAGUUAGGAAAAGCAGAAACGCCCCGGCCCAGCUCUGUACGCUAGUGGCACAGAACUGAGUUGCCACUCCCGCUCGAUCGUGCAGAGCUUCAUGAGACGGUCCCUGUCUCCUUCCUCACAUGCUUUGAUGAGCAGUGAAAGAGUUAACAAAGUUGGCAGUUAAAUCAUCCCCAUUGGGGACUGGAGUUAACCCCCCCUGAGGUGAACAGGAUGGCUCCCACUUCCCAGGGCUGUUGUGUCAGGCUCUCUGCAAACGCAGGCUGACGGUGCAUCAGUUACCUUCACGUCCCAUGUGGAAGGGUGGGGAGGAGUCGCUGCAGCCUGUGUCUGCUCACGCCUUCCCUUUGGGGCACUGGCUGUUCUUCAAGCCAGAAACUGGAAAGUGACGUCAGAACGAAGCUGUAUCCCUGACCAAAGCCACAGACCUUUCCCCGGCAUCCCUUUCCUGCCCCUUGCCACGAGCCCACUCCCCAUCGCUCCCUCUUCCACCAGAGCUUGCUCAGCCCUUUCUGGAAUCACCUGCCGCCUUCCCUGCAGGGUCUGACCAUUACCUGUCCCUGUCCUUAAAGGGGCUCUGGCUGAAGAGGGCAGGCUGGCCCCAGGCCCCCUGGCCCUGUGAGGGGCAGAGCACCCUGUUACGGGGGUGUUUGGUACUCAAGUUUUGAUUCUGGAGCAGUUUGGGAGGUGUGCUCAUUCCUUCAGCUCCCAUGCGUCCCCAGCUCACGCCCUUGCCCCUGAAGCAGAGAGGAACAUCCAGCACCACAGUCCGUGGUUCUAACCACUAGACCCCACUGCCUCCUUCAGGGAGUUGGGGGUGAGUGGGGAGAGCAGCAGCACUGUUACAGCCCCGAGAAUCCCCCCAGCCCCUUCUGGCUUUCAGGCACGUCUCCAGCCCCUGCACGAGUCUGCUUCUUUUAGAGCCCCCCGGUGCUGCACCUUCGAAGGCCUCUGGAGCUGCACAUGGCGAGGCCAUGGGAUUAGUGGGCCAGCCCCUGGUGUACUGACUAAGUGGAAAGGUCUCCGUUCCAGCUGCAGCUUAUUCACCUCGCCGCUGGCCCCAGGCAGAGCCCGUGUGACAAGCAUGACACGCCCCAUGCUGUCAGUGGGACCGGAGCCCAGCAGCUGCAGCACCAGAAACAGGCUUCUGUCCCACAAGGUGAACGUGAGAUGCUGCCAGUGGGAGUUAGUAGCAGGUCAGUCACAGGUGCCACCCCAGGGUAGGCAGCAUCCUUCCAUGGACCCCAGCUGUCCCCUCCCCUGGGAACGGGAGGGGGUCAGCAUGGAGGGGAUACUCUCCCCUGCCCCCAUCCUGCACAGAGUGCUGCCUGGGGGUAGUGAGGAAGGCUGGGAAGGUGAGUGGGUUUGGUGCUAUUUCUCAGGUCAGAGCUGUGAUCUGGACGUUCUGGUACAGUUAGGUAACAGCCCAGACAACCUGGAGCUGCUGAGGGGACAGGCCCUGAAACUGCUCUAAGCCGGAUGGCUAGAGACCAAGCAGAACCGGAGCAAAUUUCAUUCCUUUCUGGUCACAACCCUGGCGGCCCCGUAGCAUUGGUCUCUGGAGCCCUUGCGCAGGCUCUGUUUGCUUUCAUGGUGUCCUCAGUGCAGGUGCACUGUCCGUACCUGGCUUACAGGGUGAGGAGGGAGGGCUUUACAUGGGUUUGCAUUACCCAUACUGUAUAUGGGGCUUUGAUGAUUUCUGAGAUCAGACCAUAAUGAAACCUUUAGCUCGGUUGUGUUUUCUGUACUCAUGAGCGCAGCAAAUGGUGAAAGCGUGACUAUUAAUUGCAAUGAAUAUUGUUUUCUCGUGACAAUACAUGCGAAGUAUUUUGUAGCUUGCAUUGGAAACAAUAAACUGGACUCUGCAA